ACUGAUACCACCAUGUGGUCCAUAGAACCGGGCAGCUUCACCUCCAACGGGAGCAUGAUCGUCGUGAGCAACAGGUUGCCAUUUGUGCUUAAGAGGAACGAGAUAACCGGUCAGCUGGAGCGCAAAGCCAGUGCCGGUGGUCUGGUAACCGCGGUAGCGCCUGUUGUUAUAAACGGAAAUGGAGUGUGGGUCGGAUGGCCGGGUAUGCACAUGGAAAACCCGAAUGAACCAAUUCCCGAAUCAGAUCCCAACGAUCGCACGCCGACGGCUGGUCUAUUAUCGCGUAAGGUAGUAGCGGUUCACGUUGAUGCCGGCAUCUUUGACUCGUACUACAACGGAUGCUGCAAUGGAACCUUCUGGCCUCUCUUCCAUUCUAUGCCUGAUCGAGCGACCUUCAUCGCGGAACACUGGCGCGCGUAUUCCGCAGUCAACGAACAGUUCGCCGCGAAGACAGUUGGUGCGUUGGAACAAAUUCAUAAAGAACAAGAGAACCAGCAGAACGGUACGCCAUUGGUAUGGGUCCACGAUUAUCACUUGAUGUUGGCCGCUAAUUGGAUCAGACAGGCGGCCGAAGAGAAGAAUCUCAGGCUUAAAUUAGGUUUCUUCCUUCACAUACCCUUUCCUCCAUGGGAUAUCUUCAGACUGUUCCCGUGGGCCGACGAAAUCCUGCAGGGUAUGCUGGGAUGCGACAUGGUGGGUUUCCACAUUCAGGAUUAUUGCCUGAACUUCGUCGAUUGCUGCCAGAGGUGUCUCGGUUGCAGAGUGGACCGUAAGAAUCUACUGGUUGAACACGGUGGUAGAACGGUGCGAGUAAGACCGCUGCCUAUCGGUAUUCCAUUCGAUAGGUUCGUUUCAUUAGCAGAGACCGCAACAAAAGUCAUGCAGUCGAAUCAGAAGAUCGUCCUCGGCGUCGAUCGGCUUGAUUACACGAAGGGCCUGGUUCACAGAUUAAAAGCCUUCGAGAUGCUGUUGGAGAAACAUCCCGAGCAUCGCGAACAGGUGACGAUGCUUCAAAUCGCAGUACCCUCACGCACGGACGUCCGCGAGUAUCAGGAUUUGAAGCUCGAGAUGGAUCAACUGAUCGGCUGCAUAAACGGUCGUUUUACAACACCCAAUUGGUCGCCCAUACGUUACAUUUACGGCUGCGUGAGUCAGGACGAGCUAGCGGCGUUCUACAGGGAUGCCGCCGUCGCUCUCGUCACACCACUCCGGGACGGUAUGAAUUUAGUCGCCAAGGAAUUCGUUGCCUGUCAAAUCAAUACACCGCCGGGUGUGCUGAUAGUGUCGCCUUUCGCUGGAGCCGGCGAAAUGAUGCAUGAAGCUUUGAUUUGCAAUCCUUAUGAGAUCGACGAGGCUGCGGAGGUGAUUCACAGGGCGCUCACCAUGCCCGAAGAUGAACGCACAUUAAGAAUGAAUCACUUACGUCGGCGUGAGAGGAUAUAUGAUGUUAACUACUGGAUGAAGUCCUUCCUUCAGGUCAUGGGAUCUCUGGAGGAGCACGACUCCGUGGGCGCUACUACAAUGCAGCCCGUGACUAUGGAUGAUUUCGACGAUUAUUUAAGCAAGUACAUCGGAGAUAAUCAUAAAUUGGCGCUUUUGUUGGAUUACGAUGGUACGUUGGCGCCCAUCGCCACGCAUCCCGACUUGGCAAUCUUGCCGCUCGAAACGAAGAACGUCUUGCAAAGGUUGUCGAAUAUGUCAGAUGUUUACAUCGCGAUUAUAUCAGGCAGAAACGUGAUCAAUGUAAAAUCGAUGGUCGGAAUAGAGGGUAUCACGUAUGCCGGCAAUCAUGGACUGGAGAUCCUGCAUCCGGACGGCAGCAAAUUCGUCCAUCCAAUGCCUGCCGAAUUAGAGGACAAGGUGGCCAGUUUGAUGCAAACGCUUCAGGAACAGCUCUGCAGGGACGGUGCUUGGGUCGAAAAUAAAGGUGCGCUUCUCACGUUCCAUUAUCGUGAAACUCCGAUGGAAAGUCGUCCCAGGAUGGUCGAUCAGGCUAAACGACUUAUCGAGGGUGCUGGAUUCAAGGCCUGUACAGCUCAUUGCGCGAUCGAGGCGAAACCACCAGUCGAAUGGAACAAAGGACGUGCUUCUAUUUACAUCCUACGCACAGCAUUUGGUCUAGAUUGGAGCGAGCGUAUUAGAAUUAUAUAUGCUGGUGAUGAUGUUACGGACGAGGACGCGAUGAAGGCAUUGAAAGGUAUGGCGGCUACUUUCCGCGUGGCAUCAUCGCACAUCAUUCGCACGUCCGCGGAGAGACGUUUGCCUAGUACGGAUUCGGUUCUGACGAUGUUAAAGUGGGUCGAGAGGCAUCUUAGCAGGCGCAAGCCUCGCAACAGCAUCGAUAUUCCAGGCAUCCCAUCACGAUUUCGACGGGGCAGUGGUGGUAUUACGAUGGAAAUGUCUUAUACCCCGCCAAAAACACCUCUCGAAUCAUAGGUGAUGCUCAAAUGUUCCCUGUUAGCAUAUCAGGUAUAUGUGGCGUGAUAUAUAUCAUAGAAUUAUAAUGUACUCGUAGCGUAAAGUCAGCCAACAUAGACGAAGGAGCAAGAGAUAAUAAAAGAAUCGCAGCUGAAAGCUGAAAAGAAGUUAACGAGGCCCAUACCUAAACUUCAUGUUGAAUAUAGGUGUUAAAGAGAUUCGCGAUCAAAAAGUCCAAAGAAACGAAAUGAUUCUUCUUAAUUAAGAAGUACAAUAACAAUGUUAUAUAUAAUACAAUAGAGUCGCUAAUGCGGAGUUUAAGAAGUACGAAGAAUCAAAUCGUUACGUUGACUCUUUAACUUUGUCGAUGUAUUUUCUGAUCGGUUAGAUCCUAGCUCGAGAAAAAUAUUGAACUCGAAGUACAUUAUGAUGUUUUCCAUGCGACUGAAACUUCUAUUUUGGCUCUAUACAACAGAAAGAUGUAUAUAUUAUAUAUCUAUAUUUUCGAUGUACGUAAUCUUACCGAAUUCAUAAUUGUAUACAUGGAACACGAUACGUAUGUUUCUCCACGAAGAUAUAGCAUUUAAAUACUUAGUUUUUAAGUUCGCGUCGCUCAGUAAAAAGAUAAACAUUCGGCAGAUAACACUGAAUCCCGCACACUAUCUUUAUUAGCUGCGUUUUAUCUCAUUAAUGAUUUAUAUCAUAGCAAUAACAAAAGAACUUAGGAUAAUACUUACGAAGUAUGUUUUUCUUUUCAAA